CACCACCAUAAUCAUAUCUCCCCCAAAAACUUUGUUUGAAAACCCAACUUUUUAACUGUCUCCUUUCCUCUUCUCUUCUUCCCCCAUACAUCCCUUUCACAACUCAUAAGCAUUUCUAUUCCCUCCACAUUCCUCCUCCAUUGAUGUUUCUUCUUCAUGUUCUUUCUCUCAAUUCUUCUACUUCUUUCUUAUGUUCAUAUGCAAGAUCCAGCUGACACCUCCUCCUUGCAGAGCUCAAGGAAACCCAGCUGGUACAAAAAAGCCCUAAACAUGGCUUCUUAUUGGAGAGUCAUUCCAAGGUCCCAAGAGAUUACUUCCACUCCAAGAUUGUGGAGGUCUCCCACUACAAAAUCAUCUAAAGAGCUUUUCCCUACCACCACCAACAACCCUACCAAGGGAAAUGCCAGGCUAAGAAAGUGCACAUCCAUGAGGGUUGCAACCUCAUUCACUAGGGUUUGUCUCUGUGCACCCAUCUCGUCUUAUAACGAAGUGUUUCGGACCGAUUUCCCACCAAGGAGAAGCAACAGUUACCCCAGAUCGUCAAAAGCGUUUCUCGUCCCGCAAGAAAGAAUAGUACCGCCGACGAACCCUGCGAGGCUUAGCAUCGAAGGUAGGAGGUCUUUUUUUCGAGGACAAUCAUUGAACGAGGACGUGCUUAUGAGGAGAUUCGUGCUUGAAGAAGAAGCGAUGAUGGAGGUUAGGAGAAAGAUGAAUCAAAUGGAGAUUAUUAGGAAGAGGAGUAGUGUGAUGAUGAGGAGGAAGAACCUCGGGCCUAGCCGUCUUAGCCAAAUGGUGAUUGCUGAGGUGGAUCAUGAAAUCGUUGAAUAUUGAGUUUGAUUAUAACUUUAUUUUUUAGAUGGAUUAAGUUUGAUUAUAACAUGAUUGUAAAUUCUAUUGGCAAUUUUGCAAUAAAAUGUUGCAAUUGUUUAGGGUUUAGGGCAUUGUUUUGGUGGAUUAUCUCAAAUUUCCGAAGGGAAGAUCUACAAUUGGAGUGCAAACUAGAGACAUUAUCAAUAAAAAUUGUCCAUGUACUCUCAUAUAGUAGACUCUUCAUCUACAAGCAAAGCAUGAGUUUAUUUCCUUCCAACA